AUGGCAAAUCUUGAAUCAAGAAAGCACAUCUCGCCUGAUUCUGGGUUUCCUGUCGUAUUUCACCCCCAUUUCCAUCCCAAGAUCAAGGAUCAUGUCCCUCCCGAACCUAUCAGAGAGCAAAUAUUCCCGGACAAGGACAGGGCUUCCUUCGCAGACCCGGAAAAGAAGGCUCUAUUCUCCAUCGCGAGGCGUGCGGACCUGACGGAAUCUAUCGGCACAGUACUGGAGAACGUCCAGCUUUCACAGCUCACACCGCAACAACUGGAUGAGCUCGCGCUUCUGGUGACGGAGCGUGGCGUUGUCUUUUUCCGAGACCAGGACCUGACGACUGAGGGACAAGUCAAGCUCUUCGAGCACUACGGAACCUUGGAUCGUCAUCCAGCUCAGAAGGAUGUCAAGCAUGUCGUCAUUAAAGGAAGCCGUGAGGACCAUCGAGAAAUCCUGAAGUACACGCCCUGGCCAUCUGGCGACUUCCAUGCGGACACUUCAUUUGAGGUGAACCCUCCCUCCUACUCUCUUCUUCGCAUGGAGGAGCACCCAGAAGUGGGGGGUGACACUGCUUGGGUGUCCCAGUAUGGUCUCUACGAUGCUCUCAGCGAUGCCAUGAAGAAGUUCGUCGACGGCCUUCACGCAGUUCAUACUUCAAGGUUGCAGUAUGAUACCAUUUUGGACCUUUGGGGUGUCGGUCCAAGCCGGCCUCCAAUCGAUUCGCACCAUCCUGCUGUCAGAACCCAUCCGGUCUCUGGGCUCAAAGCUCUCAACAUCAACCCUGGUUUUGUGACUGCAUUCGCCGAGCUGAAGAAGUAUGAGUCUGACAAGUUGCUUGACUUCUUCAAUUAUCACAUUCACUCAGCCGACGAUCAUGCUGUUCGAUGGAAAUGGGAGGUGGGCUCUGUUGCCAUGUGGGAUAAUAGGUUUGUCUAA